GGGGCCGGACGGGGCCGUGCCGAGCUGAGCGAAGCGCGCCGCGCCGAGCUGCGAUGGAGGGCGCCGAGAGGGCCAGCCUGCUGGGGGAGCGCAGCCUGGGGCCGCCGGCCCGCUUCAAGACGUACCGGCGGCGGUGGUUCCUGCUGGCCGUCGUGUGCCUGCUGAACUGCUCCAACGCCAUGCUGUGGCUGACGUUUGCUCCUGUGGCUGAUAAGACAGCUGCUUACUUCCACAUUUCCCUGGAGACAGUCAACUGGCUCUCAAUGGUGUACCUCCUCAUCUCGAUCCCAUUUGGUCUGGUGGCAACAUGGGUCCUUGACAGCGUGGGGCUCCGCUGUGCUGUGGUCCUGAGUGCAUGGCUGAACAUGGUUGGUAGCAUCACCCGGAUGUUCAGCGUACUGAAGUUCCUGAGCUUGGGUUCCCAGAGUUACUGGUACCUGUUUGUUGGACAAUGCUUCUCUGCAUUAGCACAGCCUCUUAUCAUCUUUUCACCAACAAAGCUGGCAGCACUAUGGUUCCCAGAUCACCAGAGAGCAACAGCAAAUAUGAUUGCAUCAAUGUCCAACCCCUUGGGCAUUCUUAUAGCAAACUUGUUGUCCCCUGCACUAGUUCCUGAAGGAAAGCACAUUCCAUUGAUGCUGGGUAUUUAUGCUGUCCCAGCAGUAACAGCCUGUGCUCUUGCAACUCUGGGGAUUCACGAGAAGGUCCCGCCAACGCCUCCAUCAGCCAGUGCCACCAACUCCAACUCACAGCCAUUCUUCACAGGGCUCAAAAUGCUCCUGAGAAACAAGCCAUACAUCAUUCUGGCAGUGUGUUUUGGAGGAGGAAUUGGGAUGUUCACCUGCUUUUCAGCUCUGCUAGAACAGAUCCUUUGUGAAAAGGGGUAUUCAAAUGAUUUUGCUGGCCUGAAUGGUGCACUGUUUACGGUCUGUGGUUUGUUGGGUGCUUUCCUGCUAGGCAUGUAUGUUGACCGGACAAGGAAGUUCAUAGAGUCCACCAAGAUCAGUUUCUGUCUGAGUGCACUUGCCAGCAUCAUGUUCGCAGUGACUUCUCGGUUCAGACAUCAGGCCAUCACGUUGGCCAUCACCAGUUCGCUCUUUGGUUUCUUUGGUUUUGCCAUCUACCCCAUUGCCAUGGAGCUGGCUGUGGAGUGCUCCUACCCCGUAGGAGAGGGCACAUCUACAGGCCUGAUUUUUGUUGCAAGCCAGAUUGAGGGUGUGAUUUUAAUGAUUCUUCUACAAGCUCUCACAGUCCGUGUUUCUGAGGAUCCAUUUUCUACCUGUGCCCUUGACCAGGAUGGAGCCCUGGACUGGACAACUCCAGUCCUGGUGCUGGCUGGCCUCUGCAGUGGUAUGGCUUGUUUCUACGUCAUCUUCUUCCACACUGACUACAAGCGGCUCCAUGCUGAGACAAUCAGUGCUGAUUUGGUCAAGGCAGAAGAUGCAACAACAGCACAUGUUCCUGAAUCCUAAACAGGCCAAAAGGGGAUGCCAAGGGCCAGGACUCAGAUAGUAGGCAUGGACCAAUCCUGAGCUGGUACACUGGGAUAUCUGUGUCAUGUUGCACAAUAAGCAAGGACUAGAGCAUACAGCACCUCUGCUGUGCAUCUCUCAGUCUUGUGUUUAUUUGGGGAUCUGGGCUGUUAAGAAAGGCUGUCCUGCCAGAAAGGUCAAAGUGGCAAUGGACAGCUAUGCUCGCAACUAAAAUUUUUAGCUGACUUGAUUCAACCUAAAGAAAUGCCACUGUGGAGGGUAGCAUUGUAUUUCAGCCAUUUUUAAAUUUUCAUGUAUGUGGAUCAAGGGUGAAGGUUUCAAAAAGAUAAAAGCUGUGCCUACCACAAACCCAGUGGAAAACUUUGCAUCCUUCUAAGGAGUUUGCUUGUUCCUACAGCUCCAGCUGUGCUCUCACUAGUAAGCACUGAUGUUUGUCAAAAGGAGCAGGAAAGAAGUCUGAAACCAAAGUGAAACAAGAUUGUUUAAACCUGUCAGAAGAAUGAGAUAGCUGUCUUUUGCAAUAGUAGCUGGUCGGUUCAGCAGCCCUGGAACUAACACACCAAACAGAUUAACGCUAAAUUUACCUUCCACUUCUGAAUUCCACUGUACUGGGAAGCAAGAAGCACUUGAUACUUUAUAAUUUUAUAUAUUUACAAAUGUUUAUGUUUUUUUAAUAAAGGGUGGUUUAAGAAAGGA